AUGGGCCCUCCCGGACCGAUGAGAGGACUUCCCGCCAGAGGCGGUCCCGGUGGUCCUCUUCAGCAAGGACCCGGUGGUCCCCCGAUGCGAGGACCCGGAGGCCCCAUGCGAGGACCCCCCGCAGUCAUGAGAGCCGGACCCGGCGGACCAGGCCUAGCUGGCGGACCCGGUGGACCCAUGCGAGGACCCGGUGGACCGAUGCGAGGACCGGGCGGACCUGGACCGGCUAGGAACGGACCUGGCGGUCCAGGACCAGCAAGGAACGGACCCGGAGCGGACCUGGGGGACCAGUACUGGCAAGAGCGGGACCAGGAGGACCGGGCGCGCUUCGCGGCGGCCCCGGUGGAUUGGCCGCACCCGGCCCAAUGCGAGGACCUGGAGGACCAGGACCACUCCGAAGCGGCCCUGGUGGUCCAGGAGGCCCAGGACCACUCCGAGCCGGACCUGGAGGCCCUCCCCGUGCUGGACCAGGGGGUCCGCUCCGCCAAGGACCGGGAGCUCCUCUGCGUGUUGGACCAGGAGGACCACCGCGAUCUGGACAAGGAGCUCCUCUGCGAACUGGACCGGGAGCUCCUCUGCGCGCUGGACCCGGGGCACUUCAGCGAGGCCCAGGCGGUCCUCAGAGAGGACCCGGUGCUCCACAACGAGGCCCAGGUUGUGCGCGAGGACCUCGGACCUCAGACCAAAAGGGCUCGCUGGGAAAAUCAGCAGACUAACGUUUAUCAGAACGAACAAACACGAUACAAUGAUGAUCUCGAUCAGAACGGUGACUACGACGUCCUGAACGAUUCUGGUUAUCAGAACGGUGACUAUCAAACAAAUGGUUACCGAGGGGACAACAAGAGAUACGGAUAUCAGGACAACGGUUACAACGGCAACUAUCAGUCCAAUAAUGACGUCGGAUACGACAACGGAGGCAGCUUUGACCAAGGCUACGGACCCAAGGACAACUACCGACAGCAAGCGGGUGGAGACUACGGUUACAACCAGGGACCUCAGGGAGGAUAUAACUCUUACGACCAAAGGUCCGGACAGAAUAGGAGCCAAGGGUACAACAACUACCCUCAAAGACAGCCUUACUAG